CGUUUCCGCUCGGGCAGCGGGCUGAGUGAGCUGCCGCCGCCGCCGCCGCUGCCGGGGGAGGGGCGGCCGCCGCCCGCCUGCGCUCAGAGACUCACGCAGCCCCAGUCCCGCCAGUCCGCCAACACUGUAGUGCCGGCCCCCCUCUUUCCCUGGCCCUCCCCCCUCCCCGCCUUUGGCUCGCUCCGCCUUUCUGCCCCCCACCCCCACCUCACGGGUACGGGCCAUUCCCGGCCAGGAAACGCCGUGGCGCCGCGUUGGGCCUAACUCGAGUCCUGCCGCCUCCCGGGAGUGCCGUGCGCCGCAGCCCGGGCCCAGGCCCCGGUAGCGCCUGGGACAAGGUCUUCAGAACUACUAGCAGAUAAUUUGGGGGGACUUCAUAUUCAGAAGUCUAUAUAAAGGAUUCCUCAUGUCCAUAACAUGUUGGAUGACGCUCUGCAGCUCACCCCCACUCUCAGAGUGGUCAGUCUCCAUUAAUUGGACCCCGUGAUUUCCAAUCUCUGCUGUGUUGGACGUCAUGAGCAUUGCAAUCCCUCUGGGAGUCACCACACCAGAUACAUCCUACUCAGAUAUGGCUGCUGGAUCAGAAAAGGAAGUGGAAGCCCCCUACCUUUCAAGACGAAGUGGCACUACACCAGGAUGUGAAAGUCCAGCGAAAGAGACCCAAGGGGCCUAGGGGGCAGCACACCCCCAGAAGCCAAGUCUAUUCCAGGCAGUACCAGGGAUUAGGGUCUGGGCUGGAAAAAUCCUGGUGUUUUGAAUAUGUUCAGGUCCAGUUCAGACUCUUGAUCCCACAGCCACUUCUUGAGUGAGGUGGGUGUUGCUCUAAUUCCCCUGUUUCUCUUGCCAUUUUCACAGUCCCCGGGGAUGCGUCCCCCUUCAGCAAAGCAAAGCAACUGAACCAGAUUUCUGGGUUGAAUGGCAACCCUGAUUAAUAGUGGUUUUCUUCCUUAAAACAAUAUUAUUAAAGAUUGUGUAUAUUUCUUCAUAAAGCCACCUAAUAUAACUUACCUGUUGACUGAGUUCCUUAAAAAGGAAGACUUAAAGCUACCCUGAGAAAUAGUAUAUAAUAUUCUGGGGUGGUCUAAAACGGAAAGCAGCGUUUGGGCUUUUUCCCAUAUAAAAAGGAGAAAGGAGGGUUGGGAGUGGGGAAGGGUUGAUUUUGUUUCUUCUAGAGCUUUUUUCUUCUUUUGUUUUUUUUAUUUUGGUUUGGUUUGGGGUUUUUUGCAUGCAAAAGGUAUUUAGUUAUACCAGUAACUGAGACUUACCAUUUUACAACUCUUUCCCCAAAUAAAGUACUUAAAACUCUUCCUGCAUUAGUAGGUAGCCCAGUUGUAUUGUGUUUAUAGGUUUUUAUAAAGUCGGCUACUAACCUGGUACUAUGUAGAUUGUCUAACUAUGUAGAUAGAUAGCAUUAACAUUUGUGAGAAAUUUCAACAAAGAGGUUAAACCAGUAAGUUUGGAAUUAGUAGAUAAAAGACCCAGAGCAGUUAAUCUUACAAUUGGUGUUUUCCCCAAAGUAUAGACAUGACUGCCCGCAAAUACUGCUAGGGAGUCCAGGAGUAAUUUCAGAAAUAAAAAUACUUCUGGUCUACAAAUGUGACUGCACUGUCUCUGUUAACACCAGCGUAUUCUAGGAUUUCCUGAAACAUUUUCAUUCAUGAUCUCCAGACAGAUUUCUGAUACUGUAGUCGUAACUGGCUACAUAGUUACGCAUUUCUACAAAGGGAAAGAAUGUCAAUGACUAGCUACGUACCAUUCUGUUAAAUUAUUAAUAUUUAUUAAUGUUUCAUCAUGCCUAUUUCACUGUCCUGGGCACUUUAAGAUUAAACCUGGUAUUAAGUGCAGCAUACUUAACUAGACCUAGACUUCAUAGGAUUUUAAAUCCUAUGGCAACUGUAUGCACUAUGCAUUUAUUUUUGUGUGUGUUUGUAGGAAAUUUUGUAGAUGUAACAAGUGAAGCAAAGAUUUUUCUGAAUUUCCAAUUCUGCCAUUACAGAAUUUCAGGCAUUUUCCAAGAAAUGGCAUGAUAGCAACUGGGUUGCAUGUUGUACUUAGAACACAGUUGAUGGAGUAUAUCUGUUGUGAGCCUGGUUUCUGUGUAUGUGUCCAAUUCAGUGAUAGGAGAAGAAAGGCUGUAAUUAGAUUUGCAUAAAGUGUUUGCCUGCUAAAGAGAUGUAAUUCCAUUCCAAAUUUUUAAUUCAUAUUUUUAAAUAUAAAAACUAGUAUAUAUAUCAAGGAAUGUUUUAGGAAAUCUUAUAGUUACCUGUCAAUGUCUAACUAUGUAUUUAAUCAAUAACCAAUAUGGAAAUUGCAGAGUUUCUUCAUCAGAAGAGUUUAAAUUUUAGAUUUGGCAUGCACAGCAAUAUAUUCAAUGCUGUGCUUAACUAGAAAGUAUUGUGCAAUACGAUGGCCUUUUAACCUCCACAAUAUACAUUUUAUUUUUAUUCCCUAGACUUGCACAUGAAGUGCAUAUGUUCAUAUUUACCCGUUUGGAGAUGGGUAAGAUACAACCAGCAUAGCUCCAUCUCCAUGGCCAUCUUUGAUUUCAUGCAACUUUCCUUUUUCCUGUCCCCACCCCCCAAAAAAAUCCAUUCCUAAUAAACAGCUAUCAUGUUUCACUCCAUGUGUUCAGUGGUACAAAAUCUAUAUAAAAUAUAUACAGCUUUUGGAAUACUUGUUUAAUAAUGUACCUAGUAAAUUAACAAUGUUGUAUAAAUUUAUUACUUUCUUUUAACUGUCCAUCAUAGAAACUAAAUUAUACCUUCAUUUUAUUAUUUCUUGUCUGCCUUUGGUUUCAUUUAGGAAACCCCACCUGUUUCCUAAUACUCAGAGAUGAUUGCCUCUCAGUGAGCCAUGUUCAGAUCAUCUUUUUCUCAAGAAUACUGACCUGCAUUCUUGAUGUACCCCUCCCCCUGUUCCCAUCUUGCAGACACUUUUAAGUAAUAAAAUGCAUGCACCUCACUAACAGAGAAUACUUUCCUCUGUCUAAAGUUCUUCUUCACCUAGAAAUUUCCUUUGCUGUUAUUAAUAAGAUCCCUUCUCACAGUUUUGGAGCAUAUAACUGGGUGAGUUGGAUACACAUCUCAGAAUUUUCUUUGAUCCCUCACUUCUCAAUUGACAUUGCACCACAUUGAACUGCACACUUAUUCCUGCCAUACUAUAUAUUGUAUAUCUCUAAGCAGGAAAAAAUGUCUGUUAUUUCAAGCAAACAAUAUGCAUUAUUUGACUCCCUGAAAGACCCAUUAAUCUCUAAGUUUGUGUUAUACCAAUCAUCGGAGUUUCUAAUUUGUGAAUCUGUGUUCUAAUUAGUAUAAAUUACAAAUUACUAUUCUAUUCUGCAAAGCUGUACAAACUUUUUAUUUUUGAAUUAUCCUUCAGUAUUCCCUAAAACCUAACCAGGUAACAAUCAAAGUUGAAGUUCUUGCUUCCCAUAAACCUGAAUUUUAUCAUUUGCCAUCAAAGCCUUUUUAUUAUAAAGGCUUAUGUUAAUUUUCUAAGUUUGAAUACAUGUAUAAUUCUACAAUAAUACAUUGUGCUUGAAUAGUUUAUUUUCUACUCACAAAGGGUACAAAAAGAUACUAAACCGAGCUUCUCACUAAGCCUGGUUAAUAAAGGUCUCAAAUAAUUUUCUUUAAAGGACUAAAUGUCAUCCUCAUUUCUAUAGCGGAAAGAGCAUAGACUUUGGAGUCAGACAGACUUUGUUUCAAAUCUUAGCUGUGUCAAUAUGUAACCUUGGGGAAGUCAUGUAAUCUCACCACCACAUCUUCCCCCUCUGUAAAAAUGGGGUAUAUACCAUGUUUAGUGGUUGCUGAAAUUGAAUUAAUAGAUAUAUAAAGCACCUAACAAAUAAUGGGCAGUUCACAAUGGUGGCCAUUACUGUUGUUAUUAUUUGUCACUAGACUAACAUAACUUUCCAGUUUAGUUUUUAUUUUGAAGUUCUAUGGUAUUAUCAUGCAGCUGAUAAAUAAUUUUGUCCUUAAUAUGCUUGCAUGUCAUUGGUGGAUGAGAAAUUAUUACUCUAAUAUUUGAAAGGUGUUGGGGGUUCGUCAAGAUGAGAGGUAUGAUAAAUAUAAGAUGCCAUUGUUUUUACCUGUACUUUCUUCAGGGUAUCCUGUCUUGGUAGUGAAUGGAAGAGGGCCUGGUCCCUGGGGCAGUGCAGAAGGCACUUUCAUCAUCUCACUCACUGCAAAUGUCAUGUGAGGUUUCAUGGAAGUAUUAAGAGAUCCAAUUAAGAAGAAUAGUUCUGAGUCUAAACCAGCCCAGAGUGGCUUCUCUAGGGGAAACUCCCCGCUCAGCUGCCCUGAAUCUGUGGAGGCUAGUCCAGCAGUUAAUGAGAAGAGCGUGUAUUCCACUCAUAAUUAUGGGACCACUCAGAGGCAUGGGUGUCGAGGACUGCCUUAUGCUGAUCAUAAUUACGGAGCCCCUCCUCCUCCGACACCUCCUGCUUCUCCCCCUGUCCAGACGAUCAUCCCUCGUUCUGACCUGAAUGGCCUGCCGUCGCCCGUAGAGGAACGCUGUGGAGACAGCCCGAACUCUGAAGGAGAGACUGUACCUACCUGGUGUCCUUGUGGUCUUUCUCAGGAUGGCUUCCUUCUCAACUGUGACAAGUGCAGGGGAAUGAGCAGGGGGAAGGUUAUUAGACUUCAUCGGCGGAAGCAGGACAACAUAUCAGGUGGGGAUAGCAGUGCAACAGAAAGCUGGGAUGAGGAGCUUUCUCCUUCCACUGUGUUGUAUACGGCAACACAGCACACACCUACAAGCAUCACCUUAACUGUUAGAAGAACCAAACCCAAGAAGCGGAAAAAGAGUCCAGAAAAGGGUCGUGCAGCACCAAAGACGAAGAAAAUCAAGGCAUUUCGAGAGGGAUCCCGGAAGUCCUUGCGGAUGAAGAAUUCUCCCUCUGAAGCACAGAAUUUAGAUGAGAAUACAACUGAGGGCUGGGAAAAUCGGAUAAGACUAUGGACUGACCAGUAUGAAGAAGCUUUCACUAAUCAGUACAGUGCAGAUGUACAGAACGCCCUUGAACAACACCUACAUUCUAGCAAGGAAUUUGUGGGCAAACCUACUAUUUUAGACACUAUUAAUAAGACUGAAUUGGCCUGUAAUAACACAGUUAUUGGUUCCCAAAUGCAGUUACAGCUGGGAAGAGUCACUCGUGUUCAAAAGCACCGGAAGAUCCUGAGGGCUGCAAGAGAUUUGGCUUUGGACACUCUUAUAAUAGAGUAUCGUGGGAAAGUCAUGUUACGACAGCAAUUUGAGGUCAAUGGGCAUUUCUUCAAAAAACCAUACCCCUUUGUGCUCUUCUACUCAAAAUUCAAUGGUGUAGAGAUGUGUGUGGAUGCCCGUACUUUCGGUAAUGAUGCUCGGUUCAUCAGAAGAUCAUGUACACCAAAUGCAGAGGUGCGACACAUGAUUGCAGAUGGGAUGAUUCACCUGUGCAUCUAUGCUGUGUCUGCCAUCACCAAGGAUGCUGAGGUCACCAUAGCAUUUGAUUAUGAGUAUAGUAACUGUAAUUAUAAAGUGGACUGUGCCUGUCACAAGGGAAACCGGAAUUGUCCUAUACAAAAAAGGAAUCCUAAUGCUACAGAACUGCCACUCCCACCACCUCCUCCAAGCCUGCCCACCAUUGGAGCAGAGACUAGACGUAGAAAAGCACGACGGAAAGAGCUAGAGAUGGAGCAGCAGAAUGAGGCUCCAGAGGAGAAUAAUGACCAGCAAUCACAAGAAGUUCCAGAAAAAGUAACUGUAUCCAGUGAUCAUGAGGAAGUAGACAAUCCAGAAGAAAAACCAGAAGAAGAGAAAGAAGAGGUUAUAGAUGACCAGGAGAACCUAGCUCAUAGCAGGAGGACCAGGGAAGAUAGAAAAGUAGAAGCCAUCAUGCAUGCUUUUGAAAACUUAGAGAAAAGAAAGAAGCGGCGAGAUCAGCCUUUGGAACAGAGCAACUCUGAUGUAGAGAUUAAUACAACCACUUCAGAGACUCCUGUUGGUGAAGAAACAAAAACUGAAGCCCCUGAAUCUGAAGUUAGCAACUCUGCUUCAAAUGUUACCAUCCCAAGCACCCCACAGAGUGUUGGUGUGAAUACCCGGAGGUCUUCCCAAGCAGGGGAUAUUGCUGCAGAAAAACCAGUCCCCAGGCCACCUCCAGCAAAGCCUUCUAGGCCCCGGCCGAAGAGUCGAAUUUCUCGGUACAGGACCAGUUCAGCCCAAAGACUAAAGCGUCAGAAACAGGCCAAUGCACAGCAGGCAGAAUUGUCACAAGCUGCCUUAGAAGAGGGAGGAAGUAACAGUUUAGUAACUCCUACUGAAGCUGGAAGUAUAGACAGUUCAGGAGAAAACAGGCCAUUAACAGGGUCUGACCCAACUGUGGUGUCAAUUACUGGAUCCCAUGUCAACCGUGCUGCAUCUAAAUACCCCAAAACCAAAAAGUAUCUAGUUACAGAAUGGUUGAAUGACAAAGCAGAGAAGCAAGAGUGCCCUGUUGAGUGCCCUUUACGUAUCACGACGGAUCCAACUGUACUGGCAACGACCCUAAACAUGUUACCAGGUCUUAUCCAUUCCCCAUUAAUUUGCACCACCCCCAAACACUACAUUCGCUUUGGCUCACCCUUCAUCCCUGAGAGACGUCGAAGGCCCCUUCUGCCUGAUGGCACAUUCAGCUCCUGUAAGAAGCGCUGGAUAAAACAAGCCUUAGAAGAAGGAAUGACUCAAACAUCAUCUGUACCCCAAGAGACUAGAACUCAGCACCUAUACCAAAGUAAUGAGAAUAGUAGCUCUUCCAGUAUCUGCAAAGACAACGCAGACUUGUUGAGCCCAUUAAAGAAAUGGAAGUCUCGCUAUCUGAUGGAGCAGAAUGUCACCAAGUUACUUCGGCCUCUGUCUCCAGUCACACCACCCCCUCCCAAUUCAGGCUCAAAGAGCCCCCAGCUGGCCACGCCUGGCUCAUCUCACCCAGGAGAAGAGGAGUGUCGAAAUGGAUACAGCCUCAUGUUUUCACCAGUCACAUCUCUUACUACUGCUAGUCGCUGCAACACUCCUCUGCAGUUUGAGCUUUGUCACCGAAAAGACCUGGAUUUGGCAAAAGUAGGAUACCUUGACUCCAACACUAACAGCUGUGCUGAUAGACCUUCCCUACUCAACUCUGGUCAUUCUGACCUGGCUCCUCAUCCCUCCAUCGGACCCACUUCUGAGACUGGUUUCCCAAGCAGAAGUGGAGAUGGACAUCAGACCCUCGUGAGAAACUCAGACCAGGCAUUUCGGACAGAGUUCAACUUGAUGUAUGCCUACUCCCCUUUGAACGCUAUGCCUCGAGCAGAUGGACUGUAUCGAGGUUCUCCUCUAGUGGGGGAUAGGAAGCCUUUACAUUUGGAUGGGGGAUAUUGUUCGCCUGCAGAAGGAUUUUCCAGCAGAUAUGAACAUGGCUUAAUGAAAGACCUCUCUCGUGGAUCCUUGUCACCUGGUGGGGAAAGGGCCUGUGAAGGAGUCCCGUCUGCCCCCCAGAACCCACCACAGAGGAAAAAAGUAUCCCUGCUGGAGUACCGAAAACGGAAACAAGAAGCUAAGGAAAAUUCUGCUGGUGGGGGAGGUGACUCUGCCCAGAGCAAAAGCAAGUCUGCAGGAGCUGGGCAAGGCAGCAGUAACUCCGUUUCUGACACUGGUGCCCAUGGUGUGCAGGGAUCCUCAGCCCGAACCCCAUCUUCCCCUCACAAAAAAUUCUCCCCAUCUCAUUCCUCUAUGUCCCAUUUGGAGGCGGUAAGCCCAUCAGAUUCCAGAGGCACUUCUUCAUCUCACUGCAGACCUCAAGAGAAUAUCAGCAGUAGGUGGAUGGUUCCCACAUCAGUAGAACGACUCCGAGAAGGAGGAAGUAUCCCCAAGGUCCUCCGAAGCAGUGUGAGGGUGGCCCAAAAGGGAGAGCCCUCUCCCACGUGGGAGAGUAACAUCACAGAGAAAGACUCAGACCCUGCAGAUGGAGAAGGUCCAGAGACAUUGAGCUCAGCACUCUCUAAAGGAGCAACUGUUUACAGCCCUUCCAGAUACAGCUACCAGCUCCUGCAGUGUGAUAGUCCUCGGACAGAAUCACAAAGCCUCCUUCAGCAGAGUUCCUCCCCCUUCAGAGGACAUCCUACACAAUCUCCAGGAUACAGUUAUCGAACUACUGCACUGAGACCUGGAAACCCCCCCUCUCACGGUUCUUCAGAAUCAUCCCUCUCUUCCACGUCCUAUUCCAGCCCCGCCCACCCUGUGUCCACAGACUCGUUGGCCCCAUUUACGGGGACACCAGGGUAUUUUAGCAGCCAGCCACAUUCUGGAAACAGCACUGGCAGCAAUCUUCCAAGGAGGAGCUGCCCUUCUAGUGCUGCUAGCCCUACCCUGCAGGGACCCUCAGACUCGCCAACCUCAGACUCGGUUUCUCAGUCCAGCACAGGAACUCUGAGUUCCACCUCCUUUCCUCAGAACUCUAGGUCAUCAUUGCCAUCAGACUUACGGACUAUCAGUCUGCCCAGUGCUGGGCAGUCAGCUGUCUACCAGGCCUCCAGGGUAUCUGCGGUUUCCAAUUCACAGCACUACCCACACCGUGGGAGUGGGGGUGUGCACCAGUACCGACUCCAGCCACUGCAAGGGUCAGGAGUCAAGACUCAGACAGGACUUUCCUAGGGCUUCUGGAUUUGGGCAAACAGAACUGAAUGAGCCCAUAGCUGCUUCCUUCCAGCUGCCUCUUGAACCUAGGCCGAGCAUAUUGCUGGGGAAGGGGGGGUACAAGGUGCCAGAGGAUUGGGUCUGGUGGACAAGAAACAAGACUUGUGGUCACAAUUGGCCUCUGGCCUUGGAGAAAGAUGUAAAUCUUGUCUGAAGCAGAGACUAUAAAGAAGUUUCUCCCUGCUGUCAAGGGUACAUUGUUGACAAGCAAAUGGUGUUUCAGUUAGUAACGGUUCUAAGUGCAAUGAGUUGUGUUGAAGCCUCCGUCUCCCAUCCUUGCCUGUAGCCUGUAGUCACUUGUGCAGUGAGGACAUCUUUUUAAAUUUAAAAAAAAAAAAAAAAAAAAAAAAAGUUUUCAAAGGAAAAAAGGUGAAAAGAGCCAAUCUCAAAAGCCCCAAGCCAUCUGAGUACUGUUAGGGUUUUAUGCACUUAAGAAAAAAGGUAGGUAUAUGAAUGUUCAUCCUAAGACAACCAUUCCAAAAGCAGGUAUCUGGCCAAUGUGUGUCCACCAAGAAUACUGCCUAUCUUUGUCUUAAGAUCACCAAGAAAUAGGCAAGGAUAGUAAAGCUUGGAACCUGCACCGACUGGAGGGUGCCUGGCUCUUUGAAGAAACGCUCAUGGUCAGCUCUUGAUUAUUCGGGAGCAGAUUAUCUGAGUAGAUUGAGCCUCCAACUGUUGCUAUCCUACUCCCCCUUCCCAAGCUAUUUCACAGCUCAGUAACCCAUGAAGUAAGUAGACAAGGAAAAGCGGAAUGAGACAGGAUAUAGGCCAAUUGCAUUGCUACUUACCAGCUUUUGGCAAUAAAUUUGAUUAGGAAGGAUACCGAGUGGUUUGGGAAUGCUUCGAAUUUUAUUUUUUCUACUCCCAAUUAAUCAGGAGUUGAUGAUCCCAUGAGCAGGACCGCCUCCAUGAUUGGGGAGCAUGCACUUGUGACUGCAGGGUAAGAGUGGGAAGAUAGGUUUGUGGAGUGGCACCGACAGGACUGUGAUUGUGUGUGGGCCUGCCCCACAUUUCUUUGGGGGAUGCUUAUGUGAGAGUGGGCCCAGUGAAAGAGUUACCAAGCCACCCACACCCCUAACACUGUUCUGGAUGAGAGAUGAGAGCAGACCGGCUUCUCCCCAUCAGUGCAUUGUGCCUGUUGUACACCCCUGGAGGAGCCCUGGAGCCAGCCCAGGUGGGGUACACAAUCUUUUUAAAUUCCAUAUGGUUGCCAGCUUAUUUCUUUCACUUGUUUACUGUAAUAUCUGGCGUGUUUUUAUUUAUCUAAUUUUGUAUUCAGUUAUAACCAUGGUAGGGGUAGUGAAUAUAUGACAGGUGUAAUCCCUGGUGCUGCAGUGGACCUUCUUUUCUUUUGGACAAGAUAAUACUGUGAGUUUCCCUCCUUCCUUCCCUCUAAUUUGUUUUCCUUUUCUCCCCCAGCCUCUUGCAUCCCCUUCUUUUCUACCCUGUCCUACAACUAUCAUAUGCACAGUCUUCUCUCUUUGUGUGUGACUGUUACAAAAUUUCACUUUUCAAAAUCGAAAUCAGGUGUUUGCUCAAAUGAGGGGAGAUUUUUUUUUUGUUUUGUUUUGUUUUUAAUGCUGAGACCUCAGCAGAGUACUUUUCUUUUUGUUGUUUCCCCCACAAACCCAUCAGUCUGGGAGAGCAUUGGGAGUGGAAAUCAUGUUGCCUGGGAUGCUGGUUUCUUUGUAUAUUAUAUAAAACGUAUGUAAAUGUCUCUCCAUUUGGGCUGGGGUUUGCAUUCUCCCCUUGGCUAUUAACCGAGGGGAGAGGCCAGCGGGCAGGCGGCCCUCACCCUGCCUGGCACGUGCAGAGACCCCAGCCACUCUGUGUGGGCAGGGUGCUGUCAAGACCAGACCUCUUGGGGGGGUAGGGGCGGGGGGGUGGGGGGAACUCUUGGAAGGGAAGAAGUAUCACUUCUUUCUCAAGUGGAGUGUUUACACCUUGCUGUAACAUUUGAACUUUCACAAGAGAUGUAAUAAUUUUGAUAAUAAAAUUCUUAACCAUAA